CGUCAGCCUUAGCGACCUAGGUCGCUUGAGGGGACGUACAACUCUCCGAUCUCCAAUUUAACCGCCAAUCUGAUCUGGUAUCAAAAUGGAGGAUAAAAAGGAUUUGGAGAGCGGUGACCCUGGGAUGGUUCGGCGGCAGUCCAUGAAGCUGCCGACCCUUCCGAAGGCCCUCACUCUGCAAGAGAAGAAAUACCUCCUCGCUGUGGAAAGAGGGGACAUGGCGAACGUUAGAAAGAUGCUCCAAAAAGCCAUACGGUUGAAGGACAUAGACAUAAACUGCGUGGAUGCCCUCGGCCGUGGAGCUCUUACGAUGGCGAUUGAAGGGGAGAACAUGGAGAUGGUGGAACUACUUGUGGUGAUGGGCGUGAAGACCAGGGACGCACUCCUGCAAGCUAUCAAUGCGGAGUUUGUGGAGGCUGUUGAGCUGUUGUUGGAGCACGAGGAGCUGAUCCAUAAGGAUUCGGGGCUGCACAGCUGGCAAAAAGUGGAUCCAGACACGGCCACUUUUACACCGGACAUCACUCCGCUGAUGUUGGCAGCGCACAAGAACAACUAUGAAAUCAUCAAGAUUCUGCUGGACCGCGGAGCAACCCUGCCAGAUCCUCAUGACGUGAGAUGUGGCUGCGACACCUGCAUCCGACUCUCGACAGAGGACUCCCUGCGUCACUCACUGGCUCGUCUGAAUGCCUACAGAGCUUUGAGUUCACCAUCUCUUAUAGCUCUAUCAGCAACUGAUCCCAUAUUAACCGCGUUCCAGCUAUCUUGGGAACUAAGGACGUUGGCUUUUGCAGAACCGGAAAGUAAAGCGGAGUACCUCGAGCUUCGACGUAGGGCCCAAAAGUUUGCGGUGGACCUUUUGGAUCAGUCUCGAAGCUCUCAAGAAUUGGCCGUUAUACUGAACCAUGACCCUGAGGCGCCUCCCUUCGAAGACGGCGAUCAUAUGAAGCUGGCUAGAUUGGAACUGGCGAUCGACUUCAAGCAGAAAAAGUUUGUCGCUCACCCGAACAUCCAACAACUCUUGGCCUCGAUCUGGUACGACGGUGUCCCGGGGUUCCGCAGAAAGAGUCCCUUGGAGAAGUUCAUGAUCCUGAUGAGAGUAGCGGUGAUGUUUCCGGUGUACUGCGCGAUGUACAUGAUAGCUCCUAACUGUGCCACGGGGAAGCUGAUGAGGAAACCGUUCAUGAAGUUUUUGAUACACGCCUCGAGUUAUUUGUUCUUUUUAUUUAUUCUCAUUCUCGUGUCGCUAAGAGCAGAAGUUGAGGUGAUACAACUGUUUGGAACAGAGAACAUGAUAAAACAGCUACAAAUGGAGCUCAAAAAGCAACGGGGCAACGGACCGACUUAUUUGGAGCUGGUCGUUACCGUUUAUGUUUUGGGCUUCAUUUGGCAAGAAACGCAUGAGAUAUACAUAGAAGGCAUCCGCUCGUAUCUCCGGAACAUGUGGAACUUCAUCGACUUCACUCGCAACUUCCUGUACGUGUUGGUGGCUCUGCUGAGGUUCGCGGCUUACAUACAACAGGCGGCUGAAAUAUCCAAGAACCCGCAGACCAGGUUCAUUCCUAGAGAGCACUGGGAUGCUUUUGAUCCGCAGUUGAUAGCAGAAGGACUGUUUGCUGCGGCUAAUAUAUUGAGUGCGCUGAAGCUUGUGCAUCUAUUCUCAAUUAACCCCCACCUGGGACCGCUGCAGAUUUCCCUCGGACGCAUGGUCAUUGACAUCGUGAAGUUCUUCUUUAUCUACAGUCUCGUGCUUUUCGCGUUUGCCUGUGGUCUGAACCAAUUGCUUUGGUAUUUCGCCGAUUUGGAAAAAAGCAAAUGCUAUGUAUUACCGGGCGGUUUACCCGACUGGGAUAAUGCUGGCGAUUCCUGUAUGAAGUGGCGUAGCUUUGGAAACGUAUUCGAAGCUUCACAGUCACUGUUCUGGGCGUCCUUCGGCAUGGUCGGUUUAGAGAACUUUGAGCUGGCUGGCAUCAAGAGCUACACGCGCUUCUGGGGCCUUCUCAUGUUCGGGUCAUACUCUGUGAUCAACGUAAUCGUCUUGCUGAACCUGCUCAUCGCUAUGAUGUCAAACUCUUAUGCCAUCAUUGACCAACAUUCGGAUGUCGAAUGGAAGUUCGCUCGCACUCGCCUCUGGAUGAGCUAUUUCGAAGAUAGCGCUACUCUGCCUCCACCGUUUAACAUCUUCCCGACUCCGAAACUGGUGAUGAAGCUGCUGGGCUUGAGGAAGAAGGAACAGUUGGAGACGGCACAGCAGGCUCAAAAAGAGAAAGACGACGUACGCUAUACGUCAGUGAUGCGGGCAUUAGUCUGGCGCUAUGUGUCCGCUAUGCACAGAAAGAUGGACGACGACCCUGUCACCGAGGAUGAUAUAAACGAGCUGAAGGGAGACGUGUCCGCGCUGAGAUACGAACUGCUAGAAGUGUUCGAGAGGAACGGAAUGGAUGUGUCCUUUACUGAUAGGAAGGAGAAGACGGUCCUCGCAAAACGCAUGAAGAUUUGGGAGCGUCGUUUGAUGAAGGACUUUCACGUGGCGCCGGUGUCGACUCUGGAGGAUGACGGCAAACCGGUACAUGAGGACAGCCUCGCCAGGUUCAGGCGGAUCGCCAGGAUGGCCGCUGCGGCUGCUAAGGGGUCUAAAUGGGAUCAGACAUUAGCUGCUACAGGAAUAUCGUCUCAAAUUGGGCGAUGUCGUUCCCGACAGUCGUUCAAGAACCAGCAGAACCUGCAGCGAGCUAUCGACGAAGCCAGGAGAUUGGUGCUACGAGCACCUAUUCCUGAAUCACGACCAACCACUCCGGUCGACAUGCCAGAAAGUCACAGCCAGUCAAUCCUGGAGCUGAUCAAGGAUAUUUCCUCGGAAAUUAAGGACAACAAUUAUUCAAGCGCUAGCAUGCCAAGGACUCCGGUUAAUGUAGGAGCAGGGUCAAGUGGAUUGCCUAUAAUAAGGCUCACUCAGUCAUCACCGGGUGGAGUUAAUACGAAGUCUUUAUUACCUAUCAUUCACCCACCGCUUCCAUCACCAUCAAAUAAUUCAAUGGUUCCAAGGCCUGCAAGUCCUUGCGGUAGUGAAAUACUUCAACCAGAACCAAGCCCAUUGAAGGCUAAUCGUGUCGCGGGAAAUUCUCCUCCAAAGGUCAUGAAGAAGAAAGCUCCGGCGCCACUUCCAGGAGAUGGCAAUGUGACCGAAGAGAAGUCUCCGUCGGAAAAGCCGAUGGACUCUAUAGCAGUGGCACGACCAGUGGCUCCUGAGAUCAAACCUUCGGAUGACGCUCUACCUCCACCACCGCCGUACUCCAAAAAUCGGCCGCCAACGGAUAUGAGUCCGAAACAUUCAAACAGGACGCCAGUGAAGAUGCCUAGGUCGAGGUCAAGGUCACCUUCAACUGAUGCUGUUCGUGAAUCGGUAUGGAAUGACACUGUCCCAACAAAUGCAAACUCCACACCGUUACAUCUUCUGCCUUCGUUGAGCACGGAGCACUUGAUUCCUCCUUCACCCGGGCCGACAGCUCAGAGCAUCCAAGAUGUCAGGACUAUCAAACGGCAACCUAAAACGGGAUGGCUUUAAUAUGGAUAUAUAAAAUUUUUAUUCAUUUAGUUGCGUUCAACUAUCCUUGUCGAUUUAGUUUUAUAAUACGAGUAAAUGAAAAUCGAAAUAUUA